GGCUGACGGAGUCAACCGGGCGUAACCCUGCUUAUCAGCACAACGUGAGAAUCGUACGUGGUGUUCUGGUAAGUUGGCGUACAGGGACCAAGUAUGGGUAACGCGUUGAAAAGGAGAAGAAGUGUAUGAUUGCCAGGAUUGAAUUGUGAUCUGGUCACCUACCCAGGAAGGACUUCGGCUCCAACGCUCGAGAUCGUACAGUGCCAAGGCUUCCGGAUCCGGUCAAGUGGUGUCAUCCGAGAGCGCGAACGGGAAACAGAGCGGACAGAGCUCAUCUGUACUUCCAAAGAAGCCUCCAAGGUGAGGAUUACUAACGCGGACCUGCUAGGGGAGUCGUUGUCGCAGUACUUGGGAACAGAAGGUUGAGAACGGCCGGGUAAUCUUCUGUCCACGGGCCCGAAUUUACCGGAUCGGAACAUGUUUUCUCGAACUGCUGGCGACAAACGAUCUCAACAUUCUGGUGAGCUGUCAGAAUCUGGCACACGACUCAAGACUUGAGUGCAGAGCGGAGAUGAUGGAGUUCAAGACUGAGAGCCAACGAAAAGGCUGCAGUUCUUUGCUGUUUGUGUACGGUUUGCUCGUCUGGCAAGUCGUAAUUGGAGUGAGCAGGCCAAUUCUCGCAAUAGAAGGUGAUGAGACGCGACACAUCUGCAGUCUUAUCAUGGAAAAUGUUCUGGCCAUGUUGAAGCUCGUCCAAUCCGCAAUCUUUCGAGUUUGGAAGCCAUCAGACGCGAGGAUUUGCCAGCAAGACCUCACAUUCGAUGCGCCUCAGACGACACCGAUACUGGAUCUGCCACCAGAGCUGCAGCUGCAAGUUCUCGCCCAACUGCCACUGAAGCAGAUGCAACAGUGUCGUCGAGUCAACCGGUAUUUCCACGAGCUGAUUGACCUGCAAGUCAGCGACUUCCGAAUUCCACGGUGUAGGCAAUUCAUCUGCUAA